AUGUUAGCUUUGAUAUGGCUUUGUGGUGUUGGGUGUUUUGGUUUUUGGGAGGAAGAGAGGGUUGCUCUCUUGCAACUCAAAGCUUCCAUAAACUACCCAAAUGGACCUUCUUUGCCAUCUUGGGAGGAUAGAGUGGAAGUUUAUAACAGUAUGGAGAGCGACUAUUGUUAUUGGGAAGGAGUUGAAUGCAACGAGACCACAUCUCAUAGCUCUGAAAUCUUGACUUAUCUGAUAACCAGCUUGUUGGUUGGGUCGCAAAUGAAGCUGGAGGUUCUUCGGUUGGAUUCCAAUUAUUUCAAUAACAGCAUCCUAUCAUCUCUAGGAUUGGUUUCGUCACUUCAGAGACUAUACAUAAGACACAACUAUUUGAAUGGAUCUAUUCACCUGCAAGACUUUCCUGCUACGAGCAACCUGGAAGAGUUGGACUUGAGUUAUAACAGAAAUAUUGCCAGCCUCACUACCAUGAUAGGUAUGAAGAGCUUAAACAAGCUUCAAGUUCUUCGCAUGGAAGGCAUCAGAUUUAAUGCAAGUGUUUUACAUUCACUAGGUGCAUUGCCAUCUCUUAGGAAGUUAAUCCUUGCAGUAGAAGGAUUGGUCACCAAAAAAGAGUUGAGUGGUCUGAACAACUUGGAGCACUUAUAUUUGGAUUCUUCAUCCAUCAAUGGGAGUUUUCUUCAUAACGCUGGAGUGAUGACUUCUCUAAGGAUUUUAUCAUUGUCUAAAUGUGGACUUCGUGGCAGUCUACCUGCUCAAGGAUUUUGCGAUCUUAAGAACCUUGAAGAGCUAUACCUUGAUGACAAUGAUUUUGAGGGGAUAUUUCCUUCAUGUAUGGGAAACUUGACAUCGCUUCGAGCAUUGGAUCUCUCUUCCAAUAACUUGCAUGGAAGUGUUGCCCACUCUCCCCUUACUAUUCUCACUUCACUUGAAUACCUUUCCCUUUCAGAUAAUCACUUCAUGAUUCCAUUCUCAUUUGCCUCAUUUUCUAACCAUUCAAAGCUUGAGGUCAUUUUAAGUGAUAAUAACGUAGCAACGAUUGAAAAUGAAUCUCAAUCAUGGAUCCCGAGAUUUCAACUGAAGUUUUUUAGUUUGUCAAAUUGUGCCAUUAAAACACUACCUUCUUUCUUGUAUUACCAAAAUCAGAUGAUAGCUGUUGAUCUCUCCCACAACAACUUAUUGGGGAAGUUCCCCACCUGGUUGUUAGAGAAUAAUACGAGAUUGGAAUUACUUCAACUACGAAAUAACUCUUUAAGGGGGCCUUUUCAAAUGCCUUCUUAUCCUUAUCCUCACAUUUCACAAUUAGAUGUUUCUGACAAUUACUUAACUGGUCAAAUUCCUACAAAUUUAGAUAUGAUCUUUCCAAGCUUGGAGUUUGUCGACAUGUCCAAUAAUAUGAUUGAUGGUCGUAUUCCUCUUGGUUUUGGCAAUAUCAAGUUGAGUGGUCUGAACAACUUGGAGCACUUAUAUUUGGAUUCUUCAUCCAUCAAUGGGAGUUUUCUUCAUAACGCUGGAGUGAUGACUUCUCUAAGGAUUUUAUCAUUGUCUAAAUGUGGACUUCGUGGCAGUCUACCUGCUCAAGGAUUUUGCGAUCUUAAGAACCUUGAAGAGCUAUACCUUGAUGACAAUGAUUUUGAGGGGAUAUUUCCUUCAUGUAUGGGAAACUUGACAUCGCUUCGAGCAUUGGAUCUCUCUUCCAAUAACUUGCAUGGAAGUGUUGCCCACUCUCCCCUUACUAUUCUCACUUCACUUGAAUACCUUUCCCUUUCAGAUAAUCACUUCAUGAUUCCAUUCUCAUUUGCCUCAUUUUCUAACCAUUCAAAGCUUGAGGUCAUUUUAAGUGAUAAUAACGUAGCAACGAUUGAAAAUGAAUCUCAAUCAUGGAUCCCGAGAUUUCAACUGAAGUUUUUUAGUUUGUCAAAUUGUGCCAUUAAAACACUACCUUCUUUCUUGUAUUACCAAAAUCAGAUGAUAGCUGUUGAUCUCUCCCACAACAACUUAUUGGGGAAGUUCCCCACCUGGUUGUUAGAGAAUAAUACGAGAUUGGAAUUACUUCAACUACGAAAUAACUCUUUAAGGGGGCCUUUUCAAAUGCCUUCUUAUCCUUAUCCUCACAUUUCACAAUUAGAUGUUUCUGACAAUUACUUAACUGGUCAAAUUCCUACAAAUUUAGAUAUGAUCUUUCCAAGCUUGGAGUUUGUCGACAUGUCCAAUAAUAUGAUUGAUGGUCGUAUUCCUCUUGGUUUUGGCAAUAUCAGUUCUUUACGGAUGAUAGACCUAUCUAACAAUCGUUUAGAUGGAGGAAUACCAGAACAUCUGCAAAUGGGUCUUUCCUCCUUGGAGUUGCUCAAACUAUCAAAUAAUUACUUGCAUGGUCAAAUAUUUGGCAAUCUUCUCAACCUGGUUCAAUUGGGGGCGUUAUAUUUGGACAACAAUCACUUUCUUGGAAACAUAUCAGACUGCUUAUCAAAUGCCUCUACGUUGACGGCGGUGGAUAUUUCUAAUAACCGUUUGUCUGGCUUCCUUCCCAAGUGGUUCGGGAAUGUAUCGGCUUUAUCGCAAAUAAGUUUGGCCAAAAAUCACUUUGAAGGCCCCAUUCCAUUGGGAUUUUGCAAACUUAAUUAUCUUCCGUUUUUGGAUUUAUCUGAGAAUAACUUGUCAGGCUCUGUGCCAGCUUGCUUCAACCCUUCAUCCAUAAUGCAUAUCCAUCUGAAUAAAAAUAGAUUGAGUGGUCCAUUGACUCUUGCAUUCUAUGACAUCUCCCAAUUGGUGACAUUAGACCUUGGAGACAACAGGUUUACUGGUGAAAUCCCGAAUUGGAUAUGCCAACUUUCUAGAUUGAGGGUUCUUAUCUUGAAACGUAACAAUUUUGGAGGCAACAUUCCCAGUCAAUUAUGCCAGUUGCAAGAAUUAAGCAUGAUUGAUCUUUCUCAGAAUAGACUUUCUGGUCCUAUUCCUCAUUGCCUGUCUGACAUCACUUAG